CGGAAGGGGCGCCGAGACCGCGGCUGUGCUCGGAGCAGGGCCUGGGUAUCGUCUGCUGCUGCGCGCCCCUCUCCGUCCGCCCGGCGCCGCGGUACGCCGGCACUCGCCAGCCUCUCGCGUCGCCGCGGGUAGUCAGCCAGCUGGGCUCGGGCUAUGGCCACCGCGGGGGGCGCCCGGCUCCUGCGGGCCGCCUGCGCGGCCCUGGGCGGCUCGGCCCGCCGGUGGCGGCUCCUCGCGGGGCCCCGCUCGGGAGUGGGCGGCCUGCCGGGGAGCCGGGGGCCGGGCAGGAGCGCGCGGGCGAGCCGGCCGCUGAGCUUGUCCGCGCCGGCGCGGAGCAGCUCAGAAGAUAAAGUAACAGUCCACUUUGUAAACCGUGAUGGUGAAACAAUAACAGCCAAAGGGAAAAUUGGUGACUCUCUGCUGGAUGUUGUGGUUGAAAAUAAUCUAGACAUUGAUGGUUUUGGUGCGUGCGAGGGGACCUUGGCGUGCUCCACCUGUCACCUCAUCUUUGAAGAACACAUAUUUGAGAAGUUAGACACAAUCACAGAUGAGGAGAACGACAUGCUCGAUCUGGCGUUUGGACUGACAGACAGGUCACGGUUGGGCUGCCAAGUGUGUUUGAAAAAAUCUAUGGACAAUAUGACUGUUCGAGUACCUGAAGCAGUGGCCGACGCCAGGCAAUCCAUUGAUAUGGGCAAGACCUCCUAGGAGAGAAUAAAUAGGAAUAUUUUCACCAAUCUUUACCUAUUUUUAUAAUUAUUGUUGGUAUAAUUAAAUGUGAACAUGGAUGAAUGGAUUUACUUUGACUAGCUUUGCUAUUUUAAUUCACAUUAUAUAACUACUGAAUUUUGUAGUUCUGAAAGUAUGCAGUUUUUAUUUUGGUUAAAUUGUAAAAAUGUCAAUCAAACAUUAGAAAAUAGUUUGUAUGAUAAAACCUUACAUCUUUUACCUUGUAUUUGUUUAGCAACUUGACCAAAAUGUUGUCACAUAAUCUGUUUACCCAGAAAGUAGAUUUAAAGAAAGGUAUUAUUGUUCCUCUUUGAUGUGAGUGAAGGCAGAGAUCUAAAAUGGCUUGUUUAGGGCCUUACAACUAAUUAUAAAAUCUUUAGUAGAACCUCAGACUGAAACUGGAUAUUGUAUGUUUAAACUGAAACUGGAGAAAUUAUUAAAUCUGCAGUGUAUGGACAAAAAUAUUUAAUUUGUCAAUGAAAUACCUAGCUUGAAAGAUAGUUAUUAACCUUGUGAAUAAAUAUUUCAAAAUUUUGAUUCAGUGAAAAAUACGUCAGACCACAGACAGUAUAACACUGUCAAAGAAGUUUGAACUGUUUUGACUUAAUAGAAGGAAUAAACUAAAAUUAGAUGUCUAUUCUUUUUGUUCUAAGCAGAAUAGUCUAUCUUUAUAAUCUUUUAAAAAUAAUGCUGAUUUAUGAAUCUCUGCCUAUACUAGAAUGGAAAUUUUUAAAGCUAGGUUUUACUGUCCUGAGCUGAAGAAAAGAAUGAGCAGGCUGCUACCUCGCACAGCCCCAGAGGGCGCCAUUCCCUCAAAAAAGGACAGAGCUGCUCAGGAGCAGUGCCCAUGGCAGUGCAGGGCCCUCUCAGAAAAGAGGGGAUGGUCUGAGCACCACGUUGCCCGUUACAUGUGGAAGACAUUUGUAUCCUUAUCUUUACUAAAAAUAAAUGCAUAAAAGUUAAUGAAUACACAGUUUAGUCUUUGGAAAUACAACAAAAUAUCAACAAACUUGGAUUAAUUGUGAGGAAGAGCAGAACAUAUUAGUAAAAAAAUGAAUGUAAGACAAUCGUGUUAGCUUCAUGUAUAUCAUCAUGGUUUUGACAUAUAACACCAGGGAUACAGAGAUAAACAAGACAAGGAAUGCCUCAGGGAAUUCACCCUUUUUGGGAAAAGAUAAAAUGUAUGUAUGCAAGAUAAUUAAUUGGCUUGAGCUAAAAUGGCCAGUUUGCAAAAUAGAGCUUUAAUUAAUAUUUGAAAAGUAAUUAGGAAGAACUUGAAGCUUCUAACUUUCACUCAAUGCGCAAUAACUAUGGAAUGCUUUCUCUGUGGAGAGUUCUUGUCUUAGUUUGUUUUCUGUUUUCUGUUCCUGCUCAUGCCUACAGAGGGGGUGAUUUAUAAAGACAUUUAUUUGGGUUGUGGUUCUGGAGGCUGGGAAGUCCAAGAGCAUGGUGCCAGUGUCGUCUUGGCAUGUGGUGAGGGGCCUAAGAACAUCAUAACUGCAUCAGAACACAGUGAAAGAGCAAGAGAGUAAAGAGAGGCCAAACUUACCCUUUUCAUCAGAACCCCACUCCUGAGAUAAUGGCAUUAAUCUGUUCAUGACCUAAUCUCUUAAAGGCACCACAUUUGAUACCAUUACAUUGGCAAUUAAACUUCAACAUGAGUUUUGAAGGGGUAAUUCAAAUCAUAGCAGUACUUAAAUUUUUAAAGUACCUUACAGACAAAAUAUUCUCUUAAUUAGCCUCAGUACUGUGUAUUCUUAUCUUCUUGUGCUGAGUACCUAAACUCUCUGGAGCUACUUUAAUGAUGAUAAUCAACCAAAACACUCUGAAGUCUGGAGUCUAAAUUCUCAGUUUCGAAUUAGGAAAGUUCAAAUUAAUAAAAUUUAAUCAUAUUACUUAUAUAAAGCCUUCUAAAGUUAUUAAAUGGAGGACAUAAUCUAUGAGGUCUGAUGAUUAAGUUCAUGAACUUGCCACCACGUGCCUGUAUUGGCAGCACUGUGCAGAGAGCUUGGUAAGGUUUCACAGCCUCGGUCUGUCAGAGCUUCACAGCUGCGUUUGUCUUGCUGAGUGGCCGUGUGUUGCUGAGUGGCGUUCAUUAGUGUUGUUGUGUAUUUUUCUGUGCCAUCGCGAGAAUGUCAGAGCUUGAAUUAGAGCAAUGAAAAAACAUUAAGUUUCUUAUUAAACUAGGCAAGAGUGGAAAUGAAAUAAGGGACAUUUUAGUCCAAGUUUAUGGAGAUAAUUCUUUGAAGGAAAUGGCAGUGUACAAAUGGAUUAAAUGUCUUUCUGAGGGGAGAGAAAGUGUCAGUGAUGAAGAGAGGUCAGGGUGGCUGGUAACCAGCAGAACUGAGGAAAGCAUUUCCAAAAUAUGUUGAAUUGUGCAUCAAAAUUAUCAGCUGAUUGUGAUAAGCACAGCAGACCAAGUAAACAUCAAUAGAGGAACAGGAAAAUCUUAACUGAAAAUGUUGGUAUGUUAAAAAAUGUGCAAAAAAUGGUCCCAAAGAUGGUCACUCAUGAACAAAAGCAAAGGAGAGUUGACGUUUGCCAAGACCUUUUGGAGAGGCAAGAGGAUGUUUUGAGUCAUGUUAUGGCUGGUGAUGAAGUAUGGAUGUACCAAUAUCACCCUGAAGCAAAGUGUCAAAGUGCACAAUGAAAAUCAGCAAAUUCUCCAUGACCCAAAAGUUGCCACCAGUUCAAAUUAAUGAUGUUUUGAUAUGAGAGAAUUGUUCAUUAUGAAUUUGUACCAACUGGAAAAAUAGUUAACUAAGUUUACUAUUUGGAACUGCUGAAAAGGCUGUGUGAAAAAGAUGGAAAUGACCUGGACAUUUUGCCAACAACUCAUGACUUUUGCACCACAACAAUGCGCCAGCUCACACGGCACUGUCUGUGAGGAAGUUUUCGGCCAGUAAAUAAAUAACUGUAUUGGAGCACCCACCCAACU